GUGUGACUGCAGGCUUUGUUAUUGGAGCGUCAGCCAGCAGCAUGUUGGGAGGACUGGUGGUGGUGGUGGUGGUGUUUGUGGCGGGGACAGACGCUCAGUCGUUGCUGCAUGAAGGUGGCGCCGAUCAUGUGCGGCAGGUGGCUAGGGAUGUGGGUGCCAUGUACCUCCCUGUGGCUGUGUCACCCUCCAGCCCCUGCGGCAGGGCCCUGGGGGAGAUGGCCGCGGCCCUGGCGUCCAACUCGUCCUCUGCCAUGUGGGCCGAGCACAUGGUUGAUUCCUGGGGGAAGACAACAGAUGGACAGUAUUUGGGUAAUCCAUUCUCUGGCUUCUAUGACGAGUGUGUGACUGCGGCCUCCCCCGGCGGAAGAAUUAAGGGCAAACACUGCAGGAUUUCCAUAACAAAAAUCACCGGGGAGGAGGGAGAGGAUACAAGAUCACACACAGACCCAGCAAACAAAUACCUUGAAUACCUCCGCCGCCAUCUUGGUAAGCCUGACCUCGCACUGCUGGGGAGUCUGGCGUGGGAGCCUCGGACGAGUGCGGUGCCCUUAGCGGUGCCUUACGGGAAUGUGCAGUAUGACACUUGUAUGCCGGAUGUGUGCACCAAGGAGGAGCUGCAGAACAGCCUCACUGAAGUGUUCCUGCCACAUGGAUUCUUCCCUUCUUUGUUCACGUGUUCUGCACAGGGUGAAGAGGUGGAGUUCACGGACGCGGAUGUUGGAUUCAUGUCUCUGGUCACUUUCCUGCUUGGACUGGUGACCUGUGCCUCAGUGGUGGACAUCUACCUGGAGUACACUGCCAAGCAACACCUGGCCAAAGGUGUGCUCCGUUACCUGCUGGUGUUCUCGGCCUACACCAACCUGGGCAAGAUACUCCAGGUGAAUCCCAAGACCAGUCCGGGAAACAUCACCUGCCUGCAUGCACUGAGAACUCUUUCAAUGGUGUGGGUGAUUUGGUGCCACCAGCAGAUGAUACCUCUUUUCAGUAUGGCUAAUAUAGUAAUGUUCCUUAUGAGUUUCAAGAACAUCCUGGCACAGACAAUUCUGAAUGGUUUUCCCAGUGUGGACUCCUUCUUCUUCCUGAGUGGGCUUCUCCUCUCCUACAGUGUGCUGAGGGAGGCCAGGAGGACCAACAGCUUCAAUGUGCUUCUCUUCUAUGUCCACAGAUUCAUAAGGCUGGUGCCCCCCAUUGCCCUGACAGUAGGUGUGUGCGCCACUGUGAUGCGGUUCCUGGUGGGAGGACCUAUUGACUACUUUUGGAACUUAGGAUUCUACCCAAACUGUCAGAAUUAUUGGUGGAGGGACCUGCUUUUCCUGGACAACUUCUACUUCAAUGAACCUUUGUGUGUGGGGCAGGCCUGGUACCUGGGGACAGACAUGCAGCUCUACCUGGUGGCUCCACUUAUCAUCCUCCCUCUCUACUUCCUCAAGAAAUUCGGUAAGACUUGGCUGUUCCUGGUGACUGCUGCGUCUGUCAUUAUCCCUGGUGCAAUUAUUUACCAGUACAACCUUCCUCCUACAUCUCUCAGCAAUAUUUUUAUUCCGAAGGAAAAACUAGAAGGAUACAAUUCCAAGAUUUAUCCUAUGCCCUGGACGCGCGCUAGCCCCUGGUUGGCUGGUGUGUGGCUGGGCUACAUAUUCUACCGACAAGGCAAUACCAGAUACAAGAUGAAUGCUCUGACGGUCACAGUGGGGUGGACGGUGGCUGCAAUCACUGGGCUGCUGGUGGUGUUUGGCAUGUACAGCUACAACAGAGUGGUGGUGCCCAUGCCCUAUGAGGUGAUGACGCAGGUGGUGUAUGGCGGCGGGCACCGGCUGGCCUGGGGCGCUGCGCUGGCGUGGAUGGUGUUUGCGUGUCACAAUGGAUAUGGAGGUUUGGUGGACGGGUUCCUGUCUCAUCCGGUGUGGCAGCCCGUGAGCCGCCUCACCUACACCACCUACCUGCUGGUGCUGCCCCUGCAGAGCAUUAUCCUCUGCAACACCAGCAAGGGUGGAGCCUACUACUUCACCCACCUCAACACGAUCACCUCCACGGUGGGGGCGGUGGUGCUAACGCUGCCGCUGUCCCUGCUGCUGUCCCUGCUGACUGAGUCUCCUGUGGUGGGCCUCGAGCGAAUGCUACUUAGGCCCAAUCACAACACACCGCGGCCUGCACCACCCAGUGAAGAGAAAGCUGCCCCACCACCCCCUGUCAACCCUGCCUUCCCUGAUGGUGAGAGGGCAAAGGAGGGCACCACCACCACCACCACCACCACCACCAGUGGAGUAGGCUUCUCUAACCCUGUGUUCACUGUGGAGGAAGUGGUGAAGGGAAGCUAAUGUGUGGGUAGGGAAAUGGCGAGGAAGUGAAGGAAGCUAUUACUACUACCAUUAUGUACUACUUCUAAUACUACUACUACUACUACUACUACAACUACUACUAGUAGUACUGUUAUAGUCGUCUAAAGUCGUCGUCGUCAGCGGCCUUUCUGACCGCUGGAUGGAAUCCAGUCAGCCACGGGGAAUCCCCCUCUGUUGUCGACGCCUGUGUGCCACCACAAUGGCCAUGAAAUGCCUCAUAUUGUUAAGUUGUAACUAAAUAUGCUCUAAUUACCAAAUUCUACAAUGAGGCUGUACAUAUCCAUGACCAACUAUGAUUUUUCCUGGAAAAUCUAUUACUGAGGUCAUGAGAGUGUCUCAGAUUAUCCUGUGGAUUCAAUUGUUAUGAACAUCAUGAAAAAUAUUACUUUUUCUCA